AUGCCCCAGCCUAUACCCAAAAAGAGAAAAACAUAUACCAAUAAUCCCAGAAAUGCUGCCAUUUCAAUGGUUUCCUCACAACAUCCCCUUAAUGUAAGACCUCUGGGUAACCUAUACCUAGAAAGUGGCCCUGCUCUGGGUGCUACUAGAGAAGAGCUUAUGGGAGACUUUGCGUUGUUCCCAGAAGAAUUGCUUUUGGAGGUUUUGGGAUUUGUCGAUGACGCUCAGGCAUUGAAGAACCUUUCACAUGCGUCUCGUGUUCUAUAUGCUUACUUGUACGAUGAAGAGCUCUGGAAGAAGCAUUACACUCAGAAGGCACAGGCCCAGGAGAAAGAAGGCGUGGAACCUCCAAAGAUUAAAUGGAGAGGGCUGUGGAGACUCUCUAUACUUGGCUUGGACGCUCAGUAUGAAGCAAAGCCUCAGAUUCCAGGAAACAUGCUUUGUUCAGAUGUGCUUUUCAGACCUUUCCAGUGUUCUCAGGUGGACUAUACUAGUAUAUUCUGGAGGGUUAUUAAGGAGGAGGAAUUGUACCAUAGAGACAGUUUGGCUACUCAGGAGCCGUUGGAUGAGGUUCUUCCUUCAGGACGUAUUCCUAGACUUCCAGAGCUGCUGUUGACGCAGGAAGUGUUUGAUAAGUCAUGGAGCAACAAGCCGUUCAUUAUGACCAAUAGCGAUUCGUCAAGAUGGCCACAUUGGGAUUUAGCAGCGCUCUUGGAAAGGUUUGCUGAUGUGAAGUUUCGUCAGGAAGCAGUUCAGUGGCCUUUGUCGUUGUACUCACAAUACCUUGCUAAGAACAGAGACGAGAGUCCAUUGUACUUGUUUGACUGCAACAGUAAAGCCAUGCAAACGCUCAAAAGCGAGUAUGUGGUUCCAGAAGUGUUCCAAAAAGAUGCAUUUAAAGUAUUUGAAAAAUGCCGUCCUGACCAUGCCUGGUUGAUUAUUGGUUCCCAGCGUUCUGGCUCUACCUUCCAUAAAGAUCCUAAUUGCACACUGGCGUGGAAUGCAGCCCUCGUUGGAAGGAAACUAUGGAUCAUGCUUCCUCCUGAUGUUGUUCCACCAGGUGUGAGUACUGAUGAUGAUGAAAGCGAAGUCACCAGUCCAGUGGGUAUUGCUGAAUGGGUACUUUCUGGCUUCUACAAUGACUGUGUUAAUAAUACUUCGGCUCAGAUUGGUAUUACUUUCCCUGGCGAGUGCAUGUACGUUCCUUGUGGAUGGUGGCAUAUGGUGAUUAACUUGGAUGACAGUGUGGCACUUACACAGAAUUUCGUGCCCAGCAUACGACUUGGCAACGCCUUGAAUUUUAUGAAAAACAAGAAGAAGCAGGUUUCUGGAUUCAGACCCGCUGAGGUGAAGAACGCUUUAGAAGAGAUCUUGGCUGCCUGUCAGGAUGACGAGGAUGCCGAGACAAUUAGAAACUGGGUUCGAAAGUUUGACGAACUCAACCUUAAAGAAAAUUUACAAAACGAAGAUUGCGGUGAGUUGUUGGAAUCUGAGCUUCCAGCGAUGCCCAUUCUUGAGCUUUUCAAGUUGCUUCUCACGAAGAACGGCAAGACGGAAGAGUUGGCUAAAGGUCUUGAAGAUUUGGCCAAGCUUGAAAAAUCCGAGUUGGCCAAAGUGACAGGAAAGAGUGAAAUGUGGACUAAACUUACGGAAGCUCCACUGUUCAGCUUUGGCUUUGCAUUGAACGAAUAA